CGCUGCCCGCGGCGCUGAGGCGCGUGCGCACAAGGCGCCGUCAGCGCAUGCUCCGCGGCGGUCCCGCCGGAGGACUCGCGCCGGCGCGGCGCUGCCCGAGCCCGGCCCGACCGGGGCCAUGGCGGCCAGCCUGUGGAUGGGCGACCUGGAGCCCUACAUGGACGAGAACUUCAUCUCCAGAGCCUUCGCCACCAUGGGGGAGACCGUGAUGAGCGUCAAAAUUAUCCGAAACCGCCUCACUGGGAUUCCAGCUGGUUACUGUUUUGUAGAAUUCGCAGAUUUGGCCACAGCCGAGAAGUGUUUGCAUAAAAUUAAUGGGAAACCCCUUCCAGGAGCCACACCUGCAAAACGUUUUAAACUGAACUAUGCUACUUACGGGAAACAGCCAGAUAACAGCCCUGAGUACUCGCUCUUUGUGGGGGACCUGACCCCGGACGUGGAUGACGGCAUGCUGUAUGAAUUCUUCGUCAAAGUCUACCCCUCCUGCCGGGGCGGCAAGGUGGUUUUGGACCAGACGGGCGUGUCCAAGGGCUAUGGUUUUGUGAAAUUCACAGAUGAGCUGGAACAGAAGCGAGCCCUGACGGAGUGCCAGGGAGCAGUAGGACUGGGGUCUAAACCAGUGCGGCUGAGCGUGGCGAUCCCGAAAGCUAGUCGUGUGAAGCCCGUGGAAUACAGUCAGAUGUACAGUUACAGCUACAACCAGUAUUACCAGCAGUACCAGAACUACUAUGCUCAGUGGGGCUAUGACCAGAAUACAGGCAGCUACAGCUACAGUUACCCCCAGUACGGCUAUACCCAGAGCACCAUGCAGACAUAUGAAGAAGUUGGAGAUGAUGCUUUGGAAGACCCCACGCCACAGCUGGAUGUGACCGAGGCCAACAAGGAGUUCAUGGAGCAGAGCGAGGAGCUGUACGACGCGCUGAUGGACUGCCACUGGCAGCCCCUGGACACGGUGUCUUCGGAGAUCCCUGCUGUGAUGUAGCUACGACAGAGGACAACCCAGAAUGGAGGACUGAGGGAGAAAGACUUCUUUAAAAACAAUUCAAGAACUUUCACCUUUUGGGAAAUGUUUUGUACGAUUUUAAUAAUUAAAUUUCCUAAGAUUAUGAGUAUUACUGCAACACUACCGCCUUUAUUUGAUAUAGCCAAUUGGGCUGGAAAACAAAGGGACCAACUGAAGAGGGUUGAACAAGGUUCCCAUCCAUCUUCAAACAAUUUUCACUUAUCUAGUAGUUAUCUACACUCCUGGAGAUAACAAUUUGGAAUCACUUUUUAUGGUUUUAAAAAUUUAGAACAGCGGGAAGAGGAAGAAACUUUGGUUACCUCCUGUUCUGGUCUGAACCCCUAACCUAGGCAUGUGCCCUGACUGGGAACUGAACCUGUGACAUGGGAUGACACUCAACCACGCCAGACAGGAAUUACUAACCAAAGUAGAAUUGCAAACCAUAUGAAUCAGUGUAGCCAGAGACCUUUCUCAGAUGACAUCUAAAUCCUUAAGUUCUCUGGGAUCAGAAUAUAUGGAUUACCUGCUAUAUAUUAAAUGAGCAUUCCUGCCUGCCAUUUAAGCACCACCAACAUUGGUUUCAAAUGUGGCCACUUAGUCGAAUUUGGGGGGGAGGGGGCUGCAUCUGCCUAGUCCAGGGUAUAAAAGUAAUGGGAGUUAGCUAAAAUGCAUCAGACCUACAUCCAAAUGAAUCAGGAAAGCCCCCUUUCCAACUUCAUGUCAUGUGGUACCUGAGAAGUCUGGGUCUAUGCUAGAAAUCUUCAGAUUUUAGUUUUGUGAGUAAUUUGGGGGAUGGCAAAUUGGGGGAGAUAAAUUUUCAAGUUCAAGUGCCUAUCCCACAAAAAGCCUUCAAAGAUCCAAUCUAGGCUUAGCAAAGUGGAAGUAUAUCUAAUUGCAAUUAUGGAACAGAUCAUAUUGGCCUUUCUGAUGUCAGACUUUUUUAUAUUAAGAAAAAAACUAUGAAUUAACUUGGGUUUUUAUUUAGAUAGGAAAAAAAACAUCAGAAUUUUGAGUGACAAAGAAAAUGACAUACUUCCAAGUUCUUGUUGGUUACUUGUAUACCAGCAUUCAAAAACUCAUCAGUCGUUUCCAUCUAAAAUAACCUGUUGGAAAGUCCCCUGGGGCUGAGCCCAAAGAAAAAAGCGGACAACUUCAUUACAUCACGAAUUUAUUAAGGGAAUGCAGCACAAGACAACCCAUGCUGCAGGGCAGGAUGAAUAAGGAACCUGCCCCACAAUAAGGGGGGACAAAAGGCCUAUUUCAAAAACCAGCAGUCCUUGGAGCAUGGAGGAGCUGAGAUGUAAGUAGAACAGUCCCAUCACCUUCACACAGUUGUCUUUAGCUUCCUUCUUACCAUAGAGCUCUCCUGUAAGGAAGUAUGAGCCAGUGUUAGUACCACCCCAAUCAAUCAAUAAAUGCCACCCAGGCUGUUUCCUAAGAGCUGGUCUCAGUCCCAUAUCCGCAUUUAUCAUCCAGAGAUGUCCACUCAGAUUAGGUUUCAUCACAGACCAGUCACCCUAAAA